CGGGGCGGGCAGGGCAGGCAGGGGGGCACCAUGCGGCGGCCUCUCGGCAUCCUGGGCUGUUGCCCGCUGCUCCUGCUCCUCCUGCUGCUCCUGCAGCCCGGGGCACGGAGCGUCCCGCACCGCCUCCGCCGGCAGCCGCUGGGCAGCGGCUUCUCCGGGAGCCACGGCGCGGCAGACUCUGCCUGCAAGAACCGGCCCCUAGACCUUGUCUUCAUCAUAGACAGCUCCCGUAGUGUCCGACCUGAAGAGUUUGAGAAAGUGAAAGUCUUUCUGUCAAAAAUGAUUGACACUCUGGAUGUUGGUGAAAGAACAACCCGCGUGGCAGUCAUGAAUUAUGCCAGCACUGUCAAGGUAGAGUUUCCCCUCCGGACCCACUUUGAUAAAGCCUCAAUGAAGGAGGCCAUCUCUCACAUUCAGCCUUUGUCUGCUGGCACAAUGACUGGCCUUGCCAUCCAAACUGCCAUGGAUGAAGUCUUCACCGAGGAGAUGGGUACCCGGCCAGCAAGCUUCAAUAUCCCCAAGGUGGUCAUUGUCGUGACAGAUGGACGGCCGCAAGACCAGGUUCAAGACGUGGCAGCGAGCGCCCGGGCAGCUGGCAUUGAGAUCUACGCCGUUGGGGUAGAUCGUGCCGACAUGCAGUCCCUGAGGGUGAUGGCCAGCGAGCCACUGGAUGAACACGUCUUUUAUGUGGAGACAUAUGGUGUGAUUGAAAAGCUGACAUCCAAGUUUAGAGAGACUUUCUGCGCUGCGAAUACGUGUGCGCUUGGGACCCAUGACUGUGAGCAGGUCUGCGUGAGUAACGGUGGAUCCUACCUUUGCGAUUGCUUUGAAGGCUACACGCUGAAUCCAGAUAAGAGAACUUGCUCAGUUGUGGAUGUGUGUGCACCUGGGAAGCAUGAAUGUGAUCAGAUCUGCGUGAGCAACAACGGGUCCUAUGUCUGUGAAUGCUAUGAAGGCUACACCCUAAACCCAGAUAAAAAGACUUGCUCAGCCAUGGACUUGUGUGCAUCUGGGAGGCAUGACUGUGCACAAGUCUGUCGGAGAACCGAUGGAUCCUACAGCUGCGACUGCUUUGAAGGAUUCACUCUGAAUCCAGAUAAGAAGACUUGCUCAGCUGCUGACAUGUGUGCACCUGGCAGGCAUGACUGCGAGCAGGUCUGUGUUAGAGAUGAUCUCUUCUAUACCUGUGACUGCUACCAAGGCUACACCCUGAACCCAGACAAGAAGACAUGCUCAAGAAUCGAUGUGUGCGCACCAGGAACCCAUGACUGCGAGCAGGUCUGUGUGAGUAACGAGGGGUCGUACACCUGUGACUGCUACGAAGGCUUUACCUUAAACCCAGACGAGAAGACAUGCUCAAGAGCCUCAACAAGCAGUCUUGUAACAACUGAGGAGGCCUGUAAGUGUGAAGCCAUAGCUGCACUGCAGGACUCGGUCACUUCACGCCUCCAAGCUCUGUCCACAAAACUAGAUGAAGUGUCUGAGAAGCUGCAAGCAUAUCAAGAGAGACAGCAGGUUGUCUGAGCUACCAUUCUACUUAGAUAGAUCCCAAAAUGAUCUUUCAGAAGCAAUUAUUUUUUAUUGUGUUCAGCAAGCUUUAAUUUGUUGCACAGCUUACAGAACAGCAUUUGGUUUGUUAUUAUUGACAAGUGUCAAGAAGACUUCGGGAAGACAACCGUCUUGAAAAUAUGCCCUGAGGAUCUUCAUGUACGGUCACUUUGUAACCAUAAAGCUACCUAUACCUGCUGUGCUUCAGUCUGUACUGCCAGUAGUACAGCAGGUACCAUCAUUCUGCAGUAACUGCAUUUUUAUUCUUUGAUUUAAAAGUAAAUACAGGAAAGAAAGGAAUGGAAAAGUAUUCACAUCAUAUAAAACUGUGAAAUGGCUAGGCAGAGUAAAAAUCGUGCCUCUGGCAUUUGUCCAUUAAAAUGGAAAGUACUUUGUGGUCUUGUAACUUAUUUUAAUAAAAUAAAGUAUGAUCAGCACA